AAAUACAAGCCUUCCUCUGACACCUGACAUACAUCCCGAGGAACAGACACCAUGGCAGCCAAUAUAAAGACCAGUAAGUCUCAUGUCAUCUUCAAGAAGGUCUCUAGGGACAAAUCGGUGACCAUCUACCUGGGGAAAAGAGAUUACAUAGACCAUAUCAGCCAAGUAGAACCUGUGGAUGGUGUGGUACUGGUGGACCCCGACCUUGUGAAGGGAAAGAAAGUGUUCGUCUCUCUGACCUGCGCCUUCCGCUACGGCCAGGAAGACAUCGACGUGAUGGGCCUGACCUUCCGCAGGGACCUGUACUUCUCUCGGGUCCAAGUGUAUCCUCCUGCGGGGGCUGCCGGCGCCCCCACACCACUGCAGGAGAGCUUGCUCAAGAAGCUGGGGGGCAACGCAUACCCCUUUCUGCUCACGUUUCCUGACUAUUUGCCCUGUUCAGUGAUGUUGCAGCCAGCUCCACAAGAUACUGGGAAGAGCUGUGGGGUCGACUUUGAGGUGAAAGCUUUUGCCACAGACGUCACAGAUGGAGAAGAGGACAAGAUCCCCAAGAAGAGCUCUGUGCGCUUGCUCAUCCGGAAGGUGCAGCACGCUCCACCUGAUAUGGGCCCCCAGCCCUGUGCGGAGUCUUCCUGGCAGUUCUUCAUGUCGGACAAGCCACUGAACCUCUCUGUCUCCCUCAGCAAAGAGCUGUAUUUCCAUGGAGAGGCCAUCCCUGUGACCGUGACCGUGACCAAUAACACAGAGAAGACGGUGAAGAAAAUCAAAGUCUCAGUGGAGCAAGUGGCCAACGUGGUUCUCUACUCCAGUGACUAUUACGCCAAGCCGGUGGCCACAGAGGAAAUACAAGAAAAAGUGCCACCAAAUGGCACUUUGACCAAGACGCUGACUCUGGUGCCCCUGCUGGCUAACAAUCGAGAGAGAAGAGGCAUUGCGUUGGAUGGGAAGAUCAAGCAUGAGGAUACAAACCUGGCCUCCAGCACCAUCCUUAAGGAAGGCAUAGACCGGACUGUUCUGGGCAUCCUGGUGUCUUACCACAUCAAGGUGAAGCUUACAGUGUCAGGAUUCCUGGGAGAGCUCACAUCCAGUGAAGUGGCCACUGAGUUGCCAUUCCGCCUCAUGCACCCCCAGCCCGAGGACCCAGCAAAGGAAAGUGUGCAGGAUGAAAACCUGGUUUUCGAGGAGUUUGCUCGCCAAAAUCUGAAAGAUUCCGAAGGCACAGAAGGGAAGAAGGAGGAGGCUGUGCAGGAUGAGUGAAGAGUCAUUCCGGAUGCCUGAAAAUGGCUGUGCUAUGCUUCUUGAUGCUGCAGCUCAGGCACCCCCCUUUUUGCGUCCCCCACCCCCCCCAGCUCCAGUUCUCCUUUGGUUAUGCUAGAUAUGAAAGUACAAAUCUCCCUCCAGAAAUAAAGCUGUGUUUUGAGUCC